CAUAAGACAUCCCAUGCAAAAUCACCCUCAAAGUCCUGCAGUGUGUCCCAAUCUCCGCCGUGUUGUCCCCUCAUCUUAUCAUCUCACUCUUUCUGUGCACACUGCGUGACCCCAAUUGCUCCCUUGGCAUUUGGACAGCCACGACAGACUGUGUGAGGAGGCGGAAAAUCAGUGGUGGAAAAGGCAAAGCUCACGAAGAAGCUCGCGUUUUUUUCCUCCAGUGCGGGCGAGUGGAAAAGUGAAGUGGCUGCCAUUGGGUGAAUAAAGUGGAGAAAUACAACGAAUUCGAUAUUCACCGGUGUAAUUUCUUCAGUACACAUCACUGAUGUGAAAUGUAUGUAUAGAAAUAACACUCUCCACGCCGAUGUGAUAAAAUUAUCUUCGCAUUUUUAUCUGCACGCGGAGAAGGACAUUGUGAAGACUGAGCGGAAUAUCGGACUCUUGUGUGAGUGAGUGGAGAUGGAUAAAUAGUUGGUGUCACGAAGAUACUGAAAAAUAGAUUAUGGAGGGAGCAUCGUGUGAAGUGCUGAAGUGAGUGCAGUAACAUUGGGCAGGCCAACGAUGAAGGAAGAACAUGCAAAAUCGCCGGCAAGGGCGAAAAGUCAGCAGAACAUCACGUCGGACAUUCUGCUGCCGGAUAGUGUGCUGGAGAAGCUAUACCAGAACUAUUCUAUCAAGCAGAAGCGGAGCGGACUCUUCUGCUUCCUCCUCACGUCGCUCCUCUUUGAUCUGUGGGCCAUUGCAAUUCCGCAGGGACAGACUUUCUGGAGUUUAGGAUGUGUGUGCUUGUUCCUCCUUUCAAAUGUGAUUCUCCUCGUGGUGCUGAUAUUUGGUGGAAAGUUCAAGGAUACCGUGUGGAGGUUCGCACCAUAUCUGGGAUGGACUUUUGCCUUCCUCCAGCUCGCCCUGCACCUCGUCCUGAAAGACAACCUCAUACCGAAAGACUCUCUAGGAUGGGUGAUGCUUCUCAAUUUCCUUGUCUACAUAAUCCUGCCAGUGCCCAUGAAAUAUCACCUGAUCUUCUUUGGCAUUGCCACUUUCUUCAUGUACACGGGCGUCAUUAUGGGCAUGGCGCAAGUGGAUGCCGAAUUCUGGAGACAGGUUCUAGUGGACAUGGUGCUGAUCGUGGGUGCCACUCUUGUGGGACUAUUGUGUUACCAUUUGGGUGAAAUUAAGCAACGACGCGCCUUCUUGGAAGCCAAGAAGAGCCUCGAAGUGAAGAUGCUUAUCGAGGAGGAGGCCGCCGAGCAGGAGCGACUCCUUCUCUCCGUUCUUCCCGCUCAUGUGGCAGUGAAAAUGAGACAGGAUUUGGGAUGCACAGAUUCGGAGCAAUUCAAGAAAAUUUAUAUGAGUCGCCACGAAAAUGUGAGCAUUUUGUAUGCCGAUAUUGUGGGUUUCACAGCCAUUUCCUCCACGUACUCAGCCCAGGACCUCGUGAAGAUGCUGAACGAGCUAUUCGCGCGAUUUGAUCGAUUGGCAGAGAAAUACCAGCAGCUGCGGAUCAAGAUCCUGGGCGACUGCUACUACUGCAUUUGCGGAGCUCCGGUGGAGAUUGCGAAUCAUGCCUCACUGUGUGUCUACAUGGGGCUGUCCAUGGUGAAGGCCAUAAAAUAUGUCCAGCAGAAGACCCAAUCGCCGGUGGAUAUGAGAGUGGGAAUCCACACUGGGGCCGUUCUAGCGGGGAUCCUGGGUCAGCGGCAGUGGCAAUUUGAUGUGUAUUCGAAGGAUGUCGAAUUGGCCAAUAAAAUGGAAUCCAGCGGAAUGGCAGGUCGAGUUCACAUCAGUGAGCAAACUUUCAAAUUUCUCAACGGGGAGUUCGAAGUGGAGCCAGCUUAUGGUGAGAAGAGGGAGGAAGCUCUGAGGAUUGCCGGACUAAAAACAUAUUUCAUAACUAAAGUUCUGAAACCUUUUGUUCCUACUGCCAGCGAGGAGAAGAAUGGAACAACGAAAUUAGGCGAUAUGGUGCAGAAUUCCUUGGAAUCUGAUGCACUGUCUGAGACACUUCAGGAGGAUGAUCAGCCAAAGGCCCAAACUGCACAGGAGAGUCACGAUGUGUCGCCCAUGUCGGAGGACAAGCAGAAGGAGGAGGACUUUAAGCAGAGACUUCAAAAGGAAUUAGUCAGUCGUGAUGGUCAUGGGGAUUUGUCGAAGCAUAUAAAUAUCCUGUUAACAUUUCGCAAUAAGAAUCAUGAGGCAGCAUAUUCGGCGUAUCGGGAACCAUAUUCAUCAGUGCCACUGCUCGCAUGCCUCGUCGUGUACUUCUUGGGCAUCACUUAUUACCCCGUGGUGCUUCCAAAAACUGCUCUUCAUUUUGCACUCACACUGGCGCCAUUCCUGCUCAUCUUCCCAUUAGUCUUCAUAUCCGUGUCGGAGAGCUUUUUCCUCAUUUUUCCUGAUUGGCUAGUGAGUAUAAGCAGGAAAUUCAAUGAUCUCAUCUGGCUGCGAAGGACAGCGACUGCCCUGGUCAUCAUUCUUAUCGUCUUGACUAACUUCCUUGCUAUGGUGGCUUUUGCAUGUCAGUGGGAUAAUUUCAGCGGCACUGUUAAUGCUACACUUCAUCAACCCAACAAGUACCGAGAUUUGGAGAUGUACUUUCCAUCCUACUUCACCAACUAUGCCGUCUUGAUACUCAUAGGAACCUCAAUCUUGGCACAGCUAUCGCACGUAGUUAAAAUACUCUUCAUUGUCACAAGCACAGCUCUUUACUGCUUCGCAAAUAUCUUCAUGCUGGAGAGAGAACUCCAGAGAGAGCAAACUGCUUCAUGGACAGCAGAUCUGCCACUGCGAUUUAUCAUCUCUGCCCAGUUAGUUGCAAUCUCUGCGAGUCUCUCUAUUCUGAGCCGCCACUUUGACCGGGAGGAUCGCGUAAUAUUCAUGUGGAAGAUUGAUGUGGAAGAGGCGAAGGAGAAGGCCAGCGACAUGAGACAACGAAAUGAGCAGCUAGUGUACAACAUCCUUCCUGUCCAUGUGGCGGCCCACUUUAUGGGCAACCGAAAGCGCUCCCAUGACGAUCUCUACUCCCAGAGUUAUGCUGAAGUGGGCGUUCUGUUUGCCAGCAUGCCUAACUUCUCGGACUUCUAUUCUGAAGAUGCAGUGAAUAAUCAAGGCCUGGAGUGUCUCCGGUUCCUCAAUGAAGUCAUAUCGGAUUUCGAUGCGCUCCUGGAGCUGCCACAGUUUCAGGACAUCAUCAAGAUCAAGACCAUUGGGUCAACCUACAUGGCGGCUAGUGGACUCAAUCCCUCGCGCCAGGUGCAGCCUGAUGAUCCCAUUGUUGUCCGUUGGAAUCACCUCGCGUUACUGGUGGAGUUCGCCAUUGAACUGAAGAAGGCCCUCCAGGGCAUUAAUGAGCAAUCCUUCAAUCACUUUGUGCUGAAAAUGGGCGUCAAUCAUGGCCCCAUAACAGCCGGUGUGAUCGGAGCCAGGAAACCGCACUAUGACAUUUGGGGCAACACUGUGAACGUCGCGUCGCGAAUGGAGAGCACCGGCAAGGCGGGAGCCAUCCAAGUCACUGAGGAGACCACGCACAUCCUGCAGACUUUCGGGUACACCUUCGAGCAGCGUGGCUUGGUGGCUGUGAAGGGCAAAGGUCAACUGAUGACAUACUAUCUCCAAGGCAAGUCUGCCAAACCUCCGCCCAGUGCAACACCUGUUGAGCUCACAAAUGGCUUAGUCGCGCCCCCAACCACCCAGUCCGAGGGGGCGGCGGCGGUGGUCAGUGAGGGUAUGGAGAAACCCGAGACGGAGGGCAGCAAAGGCGCCAUCAAAGAGGAUGACAGCCAACCGAGGGAGAUUCUUAGCAAUAUAAUAAAUUCGGCAGCAGCGGAGGAGGAAAACCUCGAGCCAGACGCACGGACGCCUCUGCUCACGGACAACAAUAAGGCUGUCAUCAAGCAGGGCGACAUGUAGGAUGAGCGGGGAAUGUAGUGAGUGAAUCCAACCAAUUUAUGAAACAAUCAGUAGAACUUUUUCCAAAUUAUCCAUCAGAAACAUCACAAUGUUUAUUUGGAAAAGUGGCGACAUAGCACAACAUUUAUUUUCCGACCUGCAGUGUCUGCCCAAAAAUGGUGUGACAUGAGUUUUCUUAUGGCAAAUCGAUCAAUUGACGAUGUAGAUUGUGAACAAAAUUAUGUGUCGACUCUGUUUUGUAAUGUUCUUUUUUUCAGAAGCAUUUAUUGUACCUAAAUUCUGAGGUUUAGGAAGGAAAAAUGGGGGAAAUAUUUUUUUGGCAGAUACUGCACACAUAUGAGAUGAAACAUGUAGUAAAGAAAAUGGGAAUGACUCAAUUUUUAGCCUUCGAAUAAUUCUUAGGGUGAUGUUAGCAGAAGAUAUUUUAAGAUUAUACUAGGAUAAUAAAAUGAAGUAGUGAAAUUUCUAAUAUCUCAUGAUUUCUCACAGGCCUCUCUCCGAUUUCUUCACUUAACUUACCCACAAUCCAAAAGCUCAUUAAAGAUCAAAGGCUUUAAUUGCAUAUUAAUAGGAAUUUUCACAUACCUAUUUAUCGAUUUAAUUCACUGACAUGAGAUUUAUUUCCAUCUAUAAAAUCACUCCUAAUAUACUCUCACAGUGAUAUAAGCUAUUUUUGUAUUGUACAUUUUCUCCUUCGCCAGCAAACAUUGGCGCGCAAAGAUGAGGAACAAAUUUGAGAAGGGAAUAUUUUGAAAAUUCUUCAACUUAGUGAUAAUUUUGCGAACACCUUUUAGAAUAAGUAAGAUAAUAGAUUAUAAUGUAUGAGAAGUACUCGAUAGUCUCUUUACGAAAGAAUAAUAGUUGAAAACAAACGACCACCGAAGAAAUUCUCAAUGGAACUUGUUUAAAAAAAUAUACCAAACUGGUCAGAAUACACCAAAAAUUGAGAAAAAAAACUGCUUUCUGAAAAGGUAAAAUUCGAGGGGUUUUGUACUGAAGAUUUUUGUAUGAAAUCACCUUUGCCAAAAUUCACAUAUUUCGCACAAUAUUCCACGAAAAUACCAUUAAUAACCAAUCGAAUUUAACAUAUGGAAUACUUUUUGGAUGGAACCUUUCAAGAAUGGACACACGAUCCAAUAUUUCAGACGUGAUUUUAAUUCUUUGUCAAUAGAUGAACCCCUCUGAAAUAGCAAAAGAGCUGAAACGACAUGAGAAAGAGAGAGAGGAAGAAUAAUAGGAAACUGUACCCUAAAACUUACAAUGCUAAAAAGAUUAUAAUAGUGAUGAAAAA